CCCCCAUGCCGUCCUCGCCUCAGCCAGCGCAGAAGCGCCGAAAACUCACGGAGGACACUGAGGUCGCACUCUCUGCCUCGGAGGGGGAAGAGGGAUAUGAAGCACCCUCAAACUCCGAUGGGAGCGACGCCGACUCUGGCUCUGACGAGCCUGAUACUGCAGACGAGAUCGAGGACAUCAAGCGCCAGAAAUCUCGUCAAACCUCGAAACGAAAGAUCCGCGCGACUGGGCCAGCCGCAUUUGGUGCGACUCUGCAGUCCUUGCUAGACACGGAGACACCAUCCACUCUUCCUCUCUCGCUCAAACCGUCUGUGGCGCGCAAGAAGAAUGACGAAAAACUGGAACAACGCGCCAAGAAGGCCCUGCUCUUCGAACGGAAGGAGAAGGAGGACAAGAACCACAUCUCCGACGUGAUAGGUGGAUGGGGAGCGGAGGGGGAGCGCGCAUUGCGCAAAGUCGCCCAGCGCGGAGUCGUAAAGCUGUUCAACGCCAUACAACAGGCUCAAGCGCAAUCAGAAGCUGUCACGGAACAGAAAAAGGCGCAACGCGGGACGGGCAAGCAGACGUUAGCAGCGCCCGCGGAGCCGAUCCCGGCGAAGGGGAAGACGAAAGCCAAAAACAAGGACAACAUCAUCGGACGGGGCAAGGAUGCUGCCGUCGAAAAGGACAAGUUCUUCGAUCUCAUCAGGUCUGGGGGUACUGUGUCGAAGGCAUGAGCUGCUGCAAUGUAUACAUGUACUUCUCUGUCCACUCUACGCCUUUUGCGCGUCAUGCCCCCAAUUCUUCAGGCU